AUGGCCGACCGGUUUGAUCACAUGCCGCGGCCUGGCCUCCAUGCCCAGUCCUCGAACUCUGUACCGUCGACACCCUUCCAGCGGCCGCGAGAUCUGACCAGGCGCUUUUCCCGCUCGCCUUCUCCCAACCGCGGCCUCAGCAACCAGUCCCCGCGAUCCGUGGCGUCAGAAGCCGUGGGCAACAAAGCCACACUUCAUCGAGGCGCGCCUGUCAUUUGCAAGUUCGAGUCUGGUCAAGAGUACAGAAAAAGACGGAUGCCGUACAAUGAGGGUGGCGACCAAGAGCUGCGCCCGCCCAAAAAGGAGCCCAAGCGGACGUUGACCCCGAACGAGCAAGACAAGCUUAGUGGUGACAUGCGCGAGCUCUAUGAUCGGUUAUUGCCAUCGCAAGAGAGUGAAGACAGGAGAGCACGGCUGAUUGAGAAGCUGGAUCGGAUACUGAACGAGGAGUGGCCAGACAGUGACAUCCACGUCAAUGUGUUUGGGUCGUCGGGCAAUCUCUUGAGUUCGACAGAUUCCGAUGUGGAUAUCUGCAUCACGACGCCACUGAAAAAGUUGGAGUCGAUGCAUUCGCUUGCUGCGUUGCUCGACAAAAAUGGUAUGGAGAAGGUGGUGUGUCGAGCUGCCGCCAAGGUUCCCAUAGUGAAGUGUUGGGAUCCAGAGUUGGAGCUCGCCAUGGACUUGAACGUGAACAACCCGCUCGCUUUGCAGAACACCAGGAUGAUCAGGACCUAUGUACAACUAGACGACAGAGUGCGACCUUUGGCAAAGAUCAUCAAGUAUUGGACUAAGAGACGAAUACUGAAUGACGCUGCAUUUGGUGGCACCAUCAGCUCAUACACCUGGAUAUGUAUGAUCAUCAGUUUCUUGCAAAGACGAGAACCGCCGAUACUGCCAUCACUACAGAAGAUGGAUGGCCAUCGACGGAAGUCAGAGAGUGGCGAAACUUCUUCGUUCGCAGACGAUGUGGAAUCCCUCAAGGGCAGUGGAGCCGCCAACAAGGAGUCUCUGGGAGAGCUGCUCUUCCAGUUCUUUCGGCAUUAUGGAUACGAGUUCGAGUAUUCGAAGCAUGUCGUCUCAAUACGAGAGGGCAGGCUGGUGCUGAGAAAGGAGAAAGGGUGGGAUCCGACUGACUAUGGCGACAAGGAAUCUCACAAUCGAUUGUGUGUGGAGGAGCCAUUCACUACCGUUCGAAAUUUGGGAAACUCGGCAGAUUACUACGCUUGGCAUGGGAUCCAUCUCGAGAUACGGCGCGCGUUCGAGCUCCUUGAGGACGGUUUGCAACUGGAGAGGUGCUGUGAGCAGUAUGAGUUUCCUCCAGAGGAGAAACCCAUAUUUCAGAGACCGCCGCCCAAGCCCAAGCCGACCCUGACGAGGAGUGCAUCCCAAUCUGGACAAUCGAAUCGAGAGCAAGGGUCUGGAUCAAGACGGAAGAACAACAAUCGAAAUCAAUCGGCCCAGCGACCUGGUGGACGGAGAGCGUCGAGUGGUGCAUACUUCAGCAAUCUCAACCGCAGCCUACCCUUCAGUCCGCCGAUGGGUGGGAAUAACGGCGACUAUUUCCAGAUGAAGGGCUCUCUACAUGAGCAGCUGUUCCAGCAGUAUCAAUUCCUGCAAGCACAGCAAGAUGCCCUGCGCGCGCAGUUGACUCAUCAGCAAGCACAACAGCAUGCCCAGGCGCAAGCGCGAGUCGGCGAUUUGGCCGUAUCCCAAGGGUCACCGCGCCCACGGCCCUACCUCAAUGGAGUGCCCAGCCCACGUAUGAUGGACAAUGCACCUCAAACGGCACCGCUGUUACCAGGCUAUCUAUACCACUACCCAGGUCGCAUGCAUCCACCGCCUUCUCCCAUGUCGCAGGCUCGAUCUCGAGAAAGCGGCGGCACGAGCACGAAUCCAUCUUCACCAUCUUUGGUGGCUGCAGUUCCAGCUCUGCGCAGACAAGCGCAUCGCGCGUCAGUGCCUGACGGUGCAGCUAAUUCUGUUAGGUCACAGUCUCAGCCAGGCCGCACACUGCCGCACCCACUCGCAAUGCAGCAACAGGCCCAUCCUGGAUACGAUCCAUCAGGCGCUCUUGGUCCACAGUAUCAGGUCCCUCGUUCGGUGUCGCAGAUGCAUCCGCAAGCCCAUCAAGCGAUGCAAUAUCCAUACCCUCACUUGUCGGCAGCGCAUGCCAAUGGGCAUGGCAUCGAUCCGGCGCUGCCCAAGGAGUACGUUGGCUACUAUGUGCAGUCACCUCAACUUGGACCCCAGUUCGCAACGGCCCCUCAAAUGCCGCCUCCACCGAUGCAAUUGCGCGAUCCACCAUCGAGGCAACGACGGGUGACGCCUGAUCUGAUGCCACCGAUGAUGAAUGGUAGGCAUACCUCUCGCUCACCAUCGCCGCUCGGUCACUUGCGCAGCUUUUCGACUACAGCAGACCGGCGAGCAAGCCAACCUACCGUCAUCCAAAGCCCACCAGGCGUUGACCCCAAUUGCAUGAAUCCACCUGCCCCAGCAACACCGGCGGAGACCGACAUUGGGGGACCCAUCAUCGUGAAUGGAUCAAAUCGAGGACCUGCGCCAAAACCCACAGAGAAGGCUAAUGGCGUGCAUACGCAGGGUCAGCAACUUCAGAAUGAGGUUCCACAGCCAUUGCAGCUGGACGAGAAUGCUCGUUCAAAGCCUCUGCCUCUACGUACCGACUUUGCUCCCACGACGCCAGAUGGUGCGAGGAGAUCAUCUUCACCAAGACUUUCGCCGACCUCCCAGCCCAAGCCGGAUCGUCACGUCCUAUCACCGAAUGGAACCAUGAACGGAGACCAUUACCAUGAGAGCACACCCAUCACCAGUGCUGCACCGCUACUCUCUCCUGUCGCAGAGCUGAGGACACCAUCUCCGACGCACCAACGUGGUUUCGACCCACAGCAAGACUCUCCUGAAGCUAAUGGCGGCCUUGUCAAGGCUGCCAAGAUCGCCAAUGCGAAGCAAGCUGCCAGGCAACUGGGCGAGAACCAAAACCCCGUGCCAAGGACGGAUUCGAGACAUGAGCGCAGAGGAAGUGCACCGAUUCCUACCGCCAGCAAGCCUGCUCAACCGAUCAAGUCAUCCACACUCCAGGCUCCUGGCCCACUCGCCAACAGCAACAGCCAAACCUCCUGGCAGCAGGUACCGAAGAAAGGCCACAAGAAGAACAAGUCUACCACGGGCGCCAAGUCUUCGAAUGGAUCUGGAGGCCAGCCUAUGCCGGCUAACGAAGCCGAGCGGAAGGGCGGCUAG